CGGGGCGCGCGUCGCCGGCGCUCAGCUCGCGGUCAUGGAGGCGCCGGUCGGCUUGGUGCUGCUGCUGUGGUUCGGGGCCCUGGCCCCGGCUCCGGGCAGCGCCUCUUCGGAGGCUCCGCCGCUGGUCAACGAGGAGGUGAAGCGCACGGUGGACCUGAGCAGCCACUUGGCCAAGGUGACGGCCGAGGUGGUCCUGGCGCACCCGGGCGGCGGCUCCACAUCACGAGCCAGCUCUUUCGUUCUGGCCCUGGAGCCGGAACUGGAGUCGCGGCUGGCGCACCUCGGCGUGCAGGUAAAGGGAGAAGAUGAGGAAGACAGCAACCUAGAAGUACGAGAAACCAAAAUUAAGGGGAAAAGUGGGAGAUUUUUCACGGUCAAGCUUCCAGGUGCUCUUGAUCCUGGGUCCAAGAUCUCAGUCGUUGUGGAAACUGUCUACACCCACGUGCUUCAUCCAUAUCCGACCCAGAUAACUCAGUCCGAGAAACAGUUUGUGGUAUUUGAGGGCAACCAUUAUUUCUACUCUCCCUAUCCAACAAAGACCCAGACCAUGCGAGUCAAACUUGCCUCCAGAAAUGUGGAAAGCUACACGAAGCUGGGUAACCCCUCACGAUCUGAGGACGUCUUGGAUUAUGGACCUUUCAAAGACAUCCCUGCUUAUAGUCAGGAUACUUUUAAAGUACACUAUGAGAACAACAGCCCUUUCCUGACCAUCACCAGUAUGACCCGGGUCAUCGAGGUUUCUCACUGGGGUAAUAUUGCUGUGGAGGAGAAUGUGGACUUGAAGCAUACAGGUGCGGUGCUGAAGGGGCCUUUCUCCCGCUAUGAUUACCAGAGACAGCCUGACAGUGGCAUCUCCUCCAUCCGUUCUUUUAAGACCAUCCUUCCUGCUGCUGCCCAGGAUGUUUAUUACCGGGAUGAGAUUGGUAAUGUUUCCACCAGCCACCUCCUUAUUUUGGAUGACUCCGUGGAAAUGGAAAUCCGGCCUCGAUUUCCUCUCUUUGGUGGGUGGAAGACACACUACAUUGUUGGCUACAACCUCCCAAGCUAUGAAUACCUCUAUAAUCUGGGUGACCAGUAUGCACUGAAGAUGCGAUUUGUGGACCAUGUGUUUGAUGAGCAAGUGAUAGAUUCUCUGACAGUGAAGAUCAUCUUGCCCGAGGGAGCCAAGAACAUCCAGGUAGACAGUCCUUACGACAUUAGCCGUGCCGCAGAUGAGCUGCACUACACCUACCUAGACACAUUCGGCCGCCCAGUGAUUGUGGCCUACAAGAAAAAUCUGGUUGAGCAGCACAUUCAGGACAUUGUGGUGCACUACACCUUCAACAAGGUGCUCAUGCUGCAGGAGCCUCUGCUGGUCGUGGCCGCCUUCUACAUUCUGUUCUUCACCGUCAUCGUCUACGUCCGUCUGGACUUUUCCAUCACCAAGGAUCCAGCUGCAGAAGCCAGGAUGAAAGUGGCCUGUAUCACAGAGCAGGUCUUAACCCUGGUCAACAAGAGGUUAGGCCUCUACCGUCACUUUGAUGAGACCAUCAAUAGAUACAAGCAGUCCCGGGACGCCUCCACUCUCAAUAGUGGCAAGAAGAGCCUGGAGACAGAGCACAAAGCUGUGACCAGUGAGAUUGCUGUGCUGCAGUCCAGGCUAAAGACAGAAGGCUCUGACCUGUGUGACAGAGUGAGUGAAAUGCAAAAGCUGGAUGCACAGGUCAAGGAACUGGUACUGAAGUCGGCAAUGGAGGCCGAGAGGCUGGUGGCUGGCAAGCUCAAGAAGGAUACGUACCUCGAGAAUGAAAAGCUCAGCUCAGGAAAACGUCAGGAGCUGGUCACCAAGAUCGAUCACAUCCUGGACGCUCUGUAGCUCUUGUCUCCGGGAUAGGCCUAGGUCGCCUACACUUGAGAUGCAGUGCACAGGGAGAGGGAGGAGGUGGUGAUUAGCAAAAGGCCUCCAGAAAGAAAAGAAAGCCAAGGCCCGCCCACAGUGGUCUGGGAAGCCUGUCCCUUAUUUCUGUAUGGUUCCCUUUUUUAAAAAAACAAAACAAACAAAAACCUAAACAAAAAUCUUAUAUAGAAACAAAUAUGGCUGUGUCUUGAACAAAGGCAUUUUCAGUAGUUGGUUUGAUUUGUUCUGAUGCCUGGGGUAUUUUUUCCACCUUAAGUCCUGUUUUAAACUUUUCUAACUCCUAACGUUUGGCCUUUUGUGAGUGUAUGCAUGGUUUUUUUUAAAGUGUGUAUGACCAAAUGAAAAUAAAGGAGGGACUGUGAAAA